AUUCCUCAUCUCUCAUUUCUUCAUCCAACAGUACAUCACACAACAACAAACAAUGAAGCUAUCUUUGAAGCUUUCGUUUUCUCUCUUCUUCUUUGUCUUUGCCCUUACGGCCUCUGCUCAAGACUCACCACAAGACUAUGUGAAUGCCCACAACGCUGCAAGAUCACAAGUGGGUGUUCCAAACAUAGUUUGGGAUGACACAGUCGCUGCUUUUGCACAAAACUAUGCUAACCAACGCCAGGGUGACUGCCAGUUGGUCCACUCCGGUGGUGGUGGCAAGUAUGGUGAGAACCUUGCCGGUAGCACCGGCGACCUAAGUGGCACGGCUGCCGUAAAUCUGUGGGUGGCCGAGAAGGCGAACUAUCACUAUGACAGCAACACGUGUGAUCCAGGGAAGGUGUGUGGACACUAUACUCAGGUGGUGUGGAAGAAUUCGGUUCGUGUUGGAUGUGCUAAAGUGAGGUGUAACAAUGGAGGAACCUUCAUUGGUUGCAACUAUGAUCCUCCUGGCAACUACGUUGGACAAAAACCUUACUGAUCUGUGAAAGGAAAGUGAUGAUCUAUGAUCACUUUGCGUUAAGUAUGAAUAAUUAGAGUAAGGGAAAGGAAUAAUACAUGGAUGGCAUUGAAAUAUGUAUUUCGUAUCAUGGUUUGAUGAAAUUAGUAUAUAUUUGAAAUA